GGCUGCACAGCUGAUUGUCAUCAGAACUGCUAGUGUUUCGCUGCAUCACGGAUCAUCUUGGUGCGUAAUGUCGCUUUUGAGGAGUUCUCUGCAGGCUAUCCGGCAAGAAUAUGGAACUAUUAUCCGACAGAAUCACAAUUUAUCCAUCAAGGAACGAGCUUAUCGAAAAAUGCGAGGAUGGCAGGUCCAUUCUUAUGGUGGCAUCGAGGAACUUCAACUGGCAGAGAAUGCAAAGAUUCCAACUAUUUCCAACGCCAAUGAAGUGCUGGUUAAAGUCCAGACCGCAGGAGUGAAUCCGAUUGAUGUUGCAAUGUUGCGUGGUUACGGUGCACCGAUAUUGAAACUCGCCAGAAACGCAACUACUGACAUUGAAUUUCCCUUAACAUUCGGCCGAGAAUUUACUGGUGUCGUUGUUCAAAAAGGAAUGGGUGUGAGCGAUCGGCUAAAAACAGGGCAAACAGUUUGGGGCGUGGUCCCCUUACAGAAACAAGGUUCACAUGCAGAAUAUGUGGUAGUUUCAGAAUCAACGGUAACUGAACUUCCACAGGAACUCAAUUCUGUUGAGGGCAGUGCGGUACUUUAUGCAGGUUUGACCGCAUGGUCUGGAAUAUUUCUUGUCAGUAAUCUUGGCAGUUUACUGCCAAGCAAUUGUUUAAAAUCAGAAUCUAGUCUAAGGGAUAAACGUGUGCUUAUAUUGGGGGCAAGUGGAAGCGUUGGUUCUUUGGCUGCACAGAUUUUAAAAGCAGAACAUGCAAUCGUUAUUGGAUCAUGCUCAUCUGAUGCAAUGCCCAUGGUUCAAACGUUGGGCGUAGAUCAUAUUAUUGACUAUACAGAUGAAUCUUCAUCCAAUGCUUUUUCUCAAUGCGGCCCGUAUGACUUGAUAUUGGACUGCGCCGGACAGGGACAAGAUGGUGCUUUAAAAUAUGGCUGGCAAUUUAAGGAGUUUGUAACAUUUUCUGCACCCCUACUACGCAAUGUUGAUGAACAUGGUCUUAUAUUUGGAAUGGCGAAAAAUGUUGCUGAUCUUGCGACGGCUAACAUAAAAACUUUGAGUACAAAGCAAGCCUGUGUGAAAUGGGCGUACUUUGUUCCGUCGCUGCGUGGGAUUGAAUAUUUGAAAUGUUUGGUGGAAAGGAAAAAGCUCCUUCCUAAAAUCGAUAGCGUGUAUGGUUUCGACGAGGCACCGGAAGCUUAUAAGAAAGUUAAGGAAGGACAUUUACGCGGUAAAGUUGUGAUAGAUUUUCAUAAAUGAAUAUAAUAUAUGAACGAAAAUAAAAUGUACAUUUUUUAAAUAAAUUUUUUGCACAUGA